CCCAGGGGCUUGAACUCUUGCUGGUCAUGUGACCAGGCAGUAAAGUGACCAGUGGUGUUGCUGGUCUUUCUGUGGUCAGAGAGGGGCAGGCUGUCGAGGAAAGAGGCUGCUGGGGGAGAGAACAGAGAGAAAGGGCAGAGAAAGAAAUAGAGAGCAAUGUGGAGAGCAGGCCCAGUGGCUUUUUUCUUUAGCAUAGUCCAUGCUUGAAUGGGGUCCAGGCAGUCUGGGAGAAGCAUGAAAUGGAUACAUGGGAAGAUGAUCCAGCUGACCAACGUACUUGCCUUAUCUGUGGGGAUCGCGCCACAGGCCUGCACUAUGGCAUCAUCUCCUGUGAGGGUUGCAAAGGCUUCUUCAAACGAAGCAUCUGCAACAAGCGCGUGUACCGCUGCAGCCGCGACAAGAACUGUGAGAUGUCGCGCAAGCAGCGCAACCGCUGCCAGUACUGCCGCCUGCUCAAGUGCCUUCAGAUGGGGAUGAACCGUAAAGCAAUCAGAGAAGAUGGCAUGCCUGGAGGGAGGAACAAAAGCAUUGGGCCUGUGCAGAUCACGGAGGAGGAGAUAGAACGGAUCAUGUCAGGGCAAGAGUUCAAGGAGGAUGCCCCAGAGCACACCUGGGGGAACAACGGCGACAGUGACCACAGCUCGCCCAGCAACGGAGCCUCGGAGGGUAACCAGCCGUCGCCUGCCUCCACUCUGUCGUCCAAUCGCUCUGCUGAAAUGAACGGCUACACGGCAGCCCUGCGGGACCAGUACAUCAACACUUCCAUGCCCACACAUUACCAGCUACUGCCUCACCUGUUCAGCUAUGCUGCACAGUCUGGCCUGCUGGCCUCUCAGCCCCGCAGCCUCUACCCACAGUCCCAUCCUCUGGUGCAGCAGCUGGUGGCUGCUGAAGAAUUGGCCCCCCUCACCACUCCAAUGCUGAUAGAAGACGAGUACAAGGUAACACAGGUGGAGCUGUUUGCUCUGCUGUGCCGCCUGGCAGACGAGCUGCUGUUCCGCCAGAUCUCCUGGAUCAAGAAGCUGCCCUUCUUCUGCGAGCUCUCCAUAGAGGACUACACCUGCCUGCUCAGCUCCACCUGGCAGGAGCUCAUCCUGCUUUCCUGCCUCACUAUCUACAGUGGCCAGGUCUUUGGAGAACUGGCUGACAUCACAGCAAAGUACACACCGUCUGAUGAUGAGCUGCAGGGAUUCAGUGAGGAUGGGAUGGAAGUGAUGGAGAGGUUGAUAAUUCUGUUCCGCAAACUCCACCAUUUAAAGAUCAGCAAUGAGGAGUACGCCUGUAUGAAAACCAUCAACUUCCUCAACCAAGAUAUCAGAGGACUGUCCAACAUCUCCCAGCUUGAGCAGCUGAAUAAACGCUACUGGUGCGUGUGUCAGGACUACAUUGAGUCUAAGUACCCACUCCAGCCUAAGCGCUUCCCUGAGAUCAUGAUGUGUCUGCCGGAUAUCCGCUGCAUCUCAACAAAGCUGGUGAAUGUCCCUCUGGAGCAGCUCCCUCUCUUGUUCAAAGCAGUCUUGCACUCCUGCAAAUCCAGCCUGACCAGCUACAGGACCGGUCCAUCGCCCUGUGUGACCGCCUCCUCUGGAAACAAUAUACACCGAUCAGCCACAACAUUAAAACCAGCUGCAAAAUAUUUGGUAUGCGUUGUGCUUCUAAACAAAUACUGACUCAUCAGGACAUGGCCAUAAGACUGUUGAGUCUGUUAACUUAUCCGUCCCGUGGCCGCACCCAGAAGCCAAUGUCCUAGUGUCUGUUAAUCGGACACUGGCAGGGGAUCUUUUGGAUCAUGUCAGAUAAGGAUCUUUUCAGCAUAUAAAAUGGAUGCUUGAUUAAAUUUGGGGACUUCGGAGAUUGAGUGAAAAAAACAAUCUCGACCAGAUUUUGCAAUUCACGGUCUUCUGGGGGAGACAGCUGCCAUCGGGGUGUGCAAUUGGCAGAGGAAGGUGUGGUUAUCCUGGUCUACAGCGUCCUAACAAACACCAAAUUGCUGAUAACUUUAGGGUGUGGGUUAGAAUGUAGUGUUUUCUUCACCUACAUUCGAAAUAGGCAAAUUUUCAGAAAAAUUACAAAGAAACCCUGAUAAAUUUUGGCUUCACAUUUUUUUCAAGGAAAUCAUUUUACACUUUUGUGUUCCAAACAGGUGGCCAUUCUGUUAAAAGGGGUGGAUGUUAUCUAACCCUAACCUUAGAUUGGUUGCCAGUGACGUGGUGAAUGUAAAGUGUGUUGGAGCUAUCAAAGUAACAUCCACAUUUAAUGCCAGAACUUGCAUAGUAACAAGAUGAUGAUAUUCACUUCAACAUUGGUUUUAAUGUUGUGGGUGCUCUGUGCAUGCCAACCUUAUUAGAACCCACUGAAACAAACCAUUUAAAAAUCAAUGCUUAUUGACUGCAGUUUUGUUUAAAUGGUUAGAUUCCAUUUUCUUCAGCUUCGAAUCAGUUGUUCAGUUUUAAAGCUCUAUUGGCCAGUUUUGAAUGGCAGUCAAUUUUUUCUUAGAUAUUGCAGAAUGUAAAUCAGACCUGACCCAGAUUUCACACUAGAACAUGUGGAGACCUCGUUCAGGCCUGAUUGUCGAUGUUUUUAAAUGAAAUAAAAAUGAAAAUAUCAUUUACUGGCCUGAAGUUGAACAUCUAAUGGAUUAUCAGUUUAAUCUGGCUAUGAGUAUCAGUGUGAUUGACCACAGUCGUAUUUCAAUGAAUCUAGGCUGGGCUUAGAGGAAUUUAGGUGACUUACCUCUGGCUUGCAUACCCUCUGUCACAGAUAUGCACAUUGUUUUUAAAAGUGUAGCCACAGAAAAAUGGUCUUUAUUUUUAAAGUGCGAGAUGAUCAUUUCAGACCACUUGAAGUGUCUUUUUGGAUUCCUCAAGCUUCUAGCCAUUUCACGAUUUAUGUAAUUUGAAAUGCAGACAAAAUGCAGUCCUUGCAACAACUCUCUUUUGCACACGACAGUGAGGUUUGGAGACCUUGACCCUUGAACUUGGCCACUGCCCACCCAAUGUGUUCCUCUCUCAGGUCCCUACCGACCUGGAUCUAAACAGGGUAAAGUGAGUGUUAUGUAUUGCAUUCAGGAGUUCCUCAGUGACCAUACUGAUGUACUUGUAGUAUUAGUAGAUGUAGGUUCCAGGACAUUGUAGGUCCUGUUGUAGAAAGGUGUUUUUUUUUGUUUGUUUUUUGGGUUUUUUUUCCACCCCACCCUCCCUUUCAUUCAGUGAUAGUGGAUUUAGUUUGAAGGUGAGGUAUGCGGGGCAGAUUUUUAAAACUCUUGGCAUUGAUGAUGGACGAAGCAAAAGGCUGUGGCAUCUUGAGAAUGUCCCGGCUUCCCUCCCAUUAUGUCCAGCCCUAACAACACCACCAGUCCAAUGUGGCGUUCCUCCUUCAAAUGCUUCAGUUAGCCUCGUUUUGUCUUUUGAUUUUUUUUUUUUUUUUUUACAUUUUCAUGUACCUUUUGUAGUUCAUAAUUAAGAAUGUUUUGGGAUUAUUUUCUUUUUAGCUUUUUUUUGGGUUUGGAGUGAAGACAACACCUAUCGUUUUCUAAACUUUAGCUGACUUCUUUUUUGUUGUUGGACAUUCACCUGUCUACUCUGUGGACUAAAGUAUUACUCAGGCCUCAUCAGCCAUGUUUUACAUGGGCACUACUGACAUAUUCAAGCCUUUUCUAUAAUUUCUGAAUAGGUUUACACCUCAAAUGUGAUGCUUUGGAGCCGUCGCUGUUUCCAACUACAUAUCAAGCCUCUGGGGAAAAGCCUCAUUCUCGUCCAUCAGGUCACCAGCGAACCACAUAGGGGUCGGGUUACAUUUAAGUCACAGAGGUCAAAGCAAUUGUGGUGUUUUCGUUAUUAAAAUUAAUUCUGUUCACCUAAAUUCACCUGAAGUUCUUGCUACAUGUAGAGGCAGUAUUCUUCAAAUUUGGAAACAUUAAACCAAACUAUCUGAAAAUAGAAGUAACAUUAUUUUGUAGUUUUGAUGAACUGACCCUUUACAUCACAAUCUCUCAGGGCAAUUUUUUGUAGCAAAGUUUUUAUGAUGUGACUAAAAGGUUAAAAUUCCAUUUAAAUGUGAUGCUUUAACAUUGCUUAGAGCUGUCAGGCUUGGCUGUUGGGUAUACAAUACUCCCAUGUGUUUGUACAGCAACACUGCUAGAAAAACAGUUCAGGGUGUCCAACAGCAAAGUGACUUGAGGAAUGCACUGAACAUCACACACUGCUGAGAUCUGACAGUGGAACAGGAUCUGAGGGGGGAUUUUUUUCCUUUAAUGUUAGCAGCAAAUAAUAUCUGCUCAUCAACACCAAAUAAAAUUUCACCUCAGCCACCUUCACUGCCACCACUCGCACUUCCUAACUGUUACGGUUUGAUACACACACGCUGGGGAAGGUGUUAUUUUUUUUUUUUUUAAGUUCCUGUAUUAGUAUUUGUGUGUUGUGUGCAGACAAAGGGAUAUGCCAUUUCUGUACUGAAACUACCUCACAAUGUUAGUUACGGGCAAACAUUUUUUUUUUCUUAUUUAUUGCUUUCAUUACACCGAUGUUGGGGUUUUGUGUCUCUCGAUCCACUCUGUGACCUUACAGAUGCAUAUUAACCACUAACACUGUUCUCUUCUUUUUAAAUGCAGUUGCCUCGUUUUCCUCUCUACCUCAGGCACUCAGGAGCUUUUAGGGACCUUCUUCCUCCUCCUUUUGCCUUCUCUUUUUUUUUUUCUCAUUUUUUAAUAUGCUGUUUCAUGUUGAAUGAGCAUCAUAUAUUUCACUCCUGCCCUGUUAUCACGAAUCAAAUACCAAAGAUGAAAGAAUGUCAAUGCGAUGUCAGUGUCAGUGUGCUGAUAAAGCGUUCAUGUGAUGUGUUCUGCCUGCAGUGAACCAGUGCUGCAUUUUUCCAUGUUGACCUUAUCCAAAUAUGCCUUGUUAUCUUUUGAAUGCCUAUUUGCUGUAUUUGCCAUGCCAUGAUAUGCCAGUGUGGGUGUGUGUUUGAACAUUGUGCUCCAUGAUUGUUGUUCAUUGGUGAGGCAGCUCAAGAUAACAGAGUAUUAUAUCAUAGCAGCCAAUGGUGGUUAUGAUCAAUUAUCAAUCUGAGAAUGUAAUUGUGGUCAGACUGACACCUCUUUACGUUUUACAUGCUUGUGUAACUGUAACGCUGUGACAUGCAACCACAGACAGACCACGGUGGUGUUACCGCUGGGGCUGGACACAUACCUACCCCAAAAUAGAGUUUGCCUAUAAAGUUAGAUUCUGGGUUUUAGUUGCUGUCCUAUCAUCGUAAUGGCCUUUAAUUCAAGAUCUAUAGAUGUGUAGUAUAGAGUCAGACUAACUAAUCUGUAAGUGAAUUGCCCAAAAGGUUCACUGUUCUUGUAGAAACAGCUUAUAUUCAUCAUAUUUUCUGGAUGUGCUUUCUGAUAACUACAACAAACUUUUAUGGUGCUUUGAAGUCUAAUUCUCCUUCAAAAAAAUUCUUAAAGGGGACCUGUUCUGUUUAUUUACAGGUUCAUAGUUUUUAUUCUUAUAGUGCAUUAGGUUUGCUUGAUUCACAGUUCAAAAUGAUCUGUAUUGGGCCUUUUUUGGAACCUCUCAGUUCAUCCAAUGUCUGAAACAAGCAGUUUUACUCCCUUUAAGCCAGCUUUCUUCAGUUUUGCUGUCGCUUGUAGAUAGAAAGAACAGCAGGUGGGUGUGGCCUCUGUGCCAAACAUGACAAUAUUAGGGAUAUCUGCUCAAACUGCCGUGUUACAGAGACAAAAGUAGAAAUGGUUUGUUUAGAGCACACCAGAAAAUAAGGAGAAGCAGAAUAGGUCCCUUUUAAUAUUUCAUCCCCUAAUUGCUCAUAUUGCUUGUCUUGGACUCCUGUUGUAAUUCUCCCAAAAUCUCAGUGAAUUUUAGAAAAUGGUUUUGCUCAGUUUGUUGCAGCUGUGAUAAACAAUGAACCACCUUCCACUACUUUCCUAUAAAAAGCCACUAUAGACAGAAGAACAAAUGUGUCCAACUGUCGUGCAGUAGCACCAUCAGAGCCUGGUUACAGGUACACACGAUGAGAGGGCCUCGAGGGACAUGAGUAGUACGCUGGCGACGUAUCUCAGGGAAGAAAUCAAUGUAUACGCUGUCAUCAGACAACUGAAACACCAUUGUUUUUCUCAUCAGAAAUCUUUUGUCUGCUCUUAUUACGUUAACUACCUGUGAAGAAUGUGAUCCAUUAUGUGUUUAAAGCAUGUUUAGAAUGUGUUAGGACUUGAAAUAAAAUAAAUGUGAACAUUA